AUGGGAGCAUGUACUGCUCCAAAUUGUAGUAAUUCUCGGAAAAACAAAAUGAAAUUGUUCCGUUUUCCUCGAGAAAAAACCAGGAAGGACAAAUGGGUUCAGAAUUGUAGGCGAGAUAAGUGGAUACCAACAACUCAUUCAGAACUAUGUGAAAUCCACUUUGAAAAAAGUCAGUUUGAGUUGCAUCGUCAGGAUGGGAUUGUCAAACUUAAACCUAAUGCCAUUCCAACUCUUUUUGAUGUGCCAAAUCCACCUGCUAGACUUGACACCAAUAGGAAAUCUGUUUAUAAGAAUACUGUAAAGAAAACCAGUACCAUUUCUUCCUCAACAAUUAAAACAUCUUUGAGUCAACCAGAUGCUUGUGUUAACAUAACUCACAAUUCUGCUAAUACUGCAAUGGAAACAACUAACAUAUCAACCACAACAACUAUGUCGCCAAGUCAAUCAGAUGAUUGUAUUAACAUAACUGACAAUUCUGUUAAUGAUGAAAUUGCACGUCUCCAGAUGGAAAACACAAAUUUAAAAAACAUUAUUGAGGAAAAAGAUGCUACAUUACGUUCUUUUCUCAAUGAUGAUCAGGUUGCAGCUACCAAAAAAACUCCACGAGAAUGGUCAAAGGAAACAAUCAUUAAAGGGUUAAAGCUAAGAUUUGCCCUUGGAGUUCAUGGAUACAAGUAUCUACGAGAUACAAAUUACCCUAUUCCUGCUUACAGUACAUUAACCAAACGUCUUCGUGAAUUUAAAUUAAAAUUUGGUAUUUUUCAUGAUGUACUAGAGUUACUCAAGCAUAAAGUUCAAUCAAUGGACAGUAAUGACCGUUUCUGUGUUAUGAGUGUUGAUGAGAUGGAAGUAAGUAAGCAACUUAGUUAUGACAAAAAUAGUACAGAAACAUUCGGAUUUAUUACCCUCGGUAAUGAUAAGAUGCUGGGUGGUAAACUUCUACUAGUAAUUAUAAGAGGACUUAAAAACAAAUGGAAGCAGGUUAUUGGUUGCCAUUUAACUGAUAGCUCCUUAGAUAACCAAUCAUUUAAACAAUUUAUUCAACAGUGUAUUGAAUCAGUUGAAAGCUGUGGAAUACAUGUCUUAACUUUGUCAUCUGAUAUGGGAAACACCAAUAGAGCCUUGUGGAGUUCAUUAGAUGUUAAAGUGAAGAAAGAUGGCAUUCGAAAAAAUACAUUUGACUUCAACAGUCAUAAUAUAUUUAUUAUGCCUGACAUCUGCCAUCUUCUGAAGAACCUAAAAAGUUCUUUAUUAAAAAAUGAUAUUAUUUUACCAAAAGAAUAUUGUGAAAAUGAGGGUCUGUCUUCUCAAGUAGUGAAAGGAAGUUUUGUGGUUUCACUGUGGGAAUAUGAAAUAAAUUCAAACAAAGAAUUAAGAUCAUUGCAUCAUCUAAAGCGAGAAGAUAUGUGGCCAAGUAAUUUUGAGAAAAUGCACGUUGGUGCUGCAAUUAGAUUUUUCUCUUUGAAAACCGCUGCUGCUAUUGAAUUAGCUGUUAAAUUGAAUGUACUGCCAUCAGAUGCAAUCACAACAGCACAUUUUAUACGAUUAAUUCAGGAGUGGUUCAGUUUGACUACAUCUAAAGUAAGAAAAACGUCAAUUACUAAACGUAAUAAGGAAAAGAAAUAUGACUUUCUUCUAAAAAUAAUUACAAUAACUGAAAAUACUGUUUUUGGGCAAGGCUGGAAACCAUUAAAUGCAGGAAUAAUUAUGGCUACUCUAAGCAUAAUUGGAAUUUGUGAGACCUUAUUCAAUAACGGUUUUGAUUUUGUUCUCUCUCACCGCUUAACUCAAGAUGCAAUUGAGAAUAUUUUCUCACAAAUACGGAGAAAAGCUGGAGCAACACCAACAGCCUUUCAGUGUCUACAAGCUCUAAAACUUAUUUCAACGUCUCAGUUUAUUUCAGAUGUGGAUCGAAGUAAUUAUUGCAAUGAUAAUGAUAUUUUUCUAAUUAAUUUUUUUAAAAAAACUGGACAAAGCAAUGAUUCACAAGGUAAAAGCAAUAAUUUAUAUUCUUCUGUGAACAAUUUGUAUAACAUUCCAUCAGAAAUAUUUGUCACAUUACAUGGAAGUAAAUUGAUGUCCCAGUUUGAAAUAUAUGAAUUGAAUCAUUUAUACCAUUUAGGAGGAAGCAUAACAAAUCAUUUAUUAGGAGUAGGUUGUAAUGAUUGUUGUGUAUUUCUCCAGGAUAAUUUACCUGAUAACCAAUUUUAUGGUGCAAUUAAAUUCUUUAGUAACACAUUGAAUAAGGGAGGACUGAAAGUGCCUUGUACAAAUUUAUUGUUGCUUAUUUUACAUUGUGAAAUUUUAUAUAGUAAAUAUAAAAUGUUUAUUUUAAGAAAUUCAUGUACUGAGCUUAUUAAAAAAAUUAUAUCAGAUAUUGAUAUAAUUUUUCCAUUGUGCUCUAAAGGUUGCAAUAUGAAACAAAGAAUUGUUGAACGUUUUUUUUGUAUACGAUCAUAUACUGCAGUAAAUUUUUCAGUUGACUGUAAAAAAAGGAAGAAUAUGUACGGUACAGCGUCUGCCAAAAAAAAAAAUGUAGCAUAA